UGAGGGCACUGCUGCCUCAUGGUCCCCUUGCCACCCACCACGACAUCCUCGUGUCCCUCUCCACUAGGCACCCAAAAGGGGUGGCUCUGGACGCAGAGGGUCCUGCUGCAGUGGCUCCACAUUGAUUUCCUUUUCCCCUAAGGAGCCAAUGAGGCUGAUGAAGCUUCAGCUAUCGGAGGAGAGGAGGACACCAAGGCCCCGAUUGCUGCCACCACCAGCUCCUGCCAGACUGCAGAUAAGGAGACCUAUAUUCCCAGCCCUGAGGUGCAUUCCCAGGUUCCUCUUUGGGCAAUGGAAAGGUCACCAGCACAAAUGAGCAUAUUCACUGAACAGUUCUUCCUCGUUUCCGCUGCAGAGCCAGGGAAUUGAAGACCUGAUGAACCAGAUAAAGACUUUGAUGGCCCAAGUUGUGUCCAAAUUAGAAAGCAUCUUGGAUACAACCGUGAGCGGUGAGAAAGCAGAAGGGCAACGUGGUGUAGUUUCAGAGCAGCUCCUGUUCUCUCCAGACAGCCCUGGCAGCUGUAGCCCAGGCCAGGAGCAGCUACCUGCUUCCUUGGGAAGUCUUCCCUCGCAGGCCACUGAAAAGCUCAUCAGAACAACAGGCAUUAACAGCGCUCGCCUCCAGCAGCAGACUAAGGCGCCAGGGGAAGAGUUGCCAAAAAGGUGUCUUUUGAGUCAAAUUUCCUCCAAAACCCCCUCGGCGAGUGGGGGUGCCCCGCUGCCACGGUUGGGUCUCAGAGGUUUAGACUCAGCCCGUGAGCAAGGCUCUCCUCAAGACAGUAUUCUGGAAAAUGCCUCGGAAGAGCAAGCGGCCCUAGGAGGCCCCAGUGCAGCGGAGGUUGCGAUGGAGAAGCUCUUGAAGAGGGUGCAAGACUUGGCUUGCUCUGCAUGCGCUUUACACGUUGCGCUCCAUGGAAGGUGCUUCAGCGGCACCCAAAGCCUGGGACCUUCUGCCACCUUCUGCGCGGACCUGGAGGAGGAGGUCGGAUCGGCAGCUGAGGAGGUCGUAGCCGUGGUUCUGGAUACGCUUGAGGGUUUAACGUCCAGCCUGCCGGAUAGGGCAGAACCUGCAGCCCGGAUCUGGGGGAGGUUUGCUGAGGCAGCUGCUCCAGCAGGGCAAAACCCAACCCUGCGACGGCCAGCCGACGACUGGCCAUCCUCUCUGGCCUGCGUUGAGAAGGUCGCCAGGGAGGCUGUUGAGAGCAUUGCCGUCAUUUUGGGCUCGUUUGUAGCAUUUCAGCUGAAACGCAGCUGCCCGUUCUCCGAAAGAGCAACGCUUCCUACCGAAACCGUCACCAAUAAUAAGCAAGAGCAGCCGUCCCACAGAACCUUCUCAAAUGAAUUAUUAGCAAAAAAUGGAGAAAAUCAGCUUGGACACAGGGUCCCAGAAGCAACAACAAAUGGAAGGCAAUCACCCAUAUUGAAACCAUUCCCACAAGCUCCUCAGUUCUAUGAAGCAAGUGUUAUCCAGGAUGCUGCUCCCAGAUUUCAGCGCUUCUGUUCCCAAGUCCAUGAUCACGCUAAGACCGCGGUCUACAAAAUCCUGGAAAUGCUACGCGAGAAG